CGUGCGGCCAGCACUUCCUAAUCGUCGAGCAUCGGGCAUCGAGCGCGCGUGAGAGAGCGUGUAUCGUGGAUCGUGCAUACACACAUCGGGGCCUCGCUUCUCGUGUCGUCGCGAGACGUCCACCAAUUGCGAACCCAGGUCCCGAGAGACGAUCUUCCUCGACUUGGAGCCACCAAGCUACCGGGAGCUCUCUCUCUCUCUCUCACUCCCCCCCUCUAGAGUGUCGCGGAGCAACUGUGUCGAUCUCCCCGAGGCUUCCCAACAGUCAUGGCUGCGAUGUCCGUGAUCGGGAUCGACUUCGGCAACGAGAGCUGUUACGUGGCCGUGGCACGCGCCGGUGGCAUCGAGACUAUAGCCAACGAUUACAGUCUUCGGAGCACGCCAUCAUGCGUGGCAUUCAGUGGAAAAAAUCGAAUACUUGGAGUAGCAGCCAAGAAUCAAAUGGUAACCAAUGUGAAGAAUACCAUCCAUGGUUUCAAAAGACUGUUAGGUAGAAAAUACAACGACCCCCAAGUUCAAUCUGAUCUAAUGUUCCUUCCCUACAAAGUAACUCAGCAGGCUGAUGGAAGCAGUGGCAUACAUGUACAGUACUUGGACGAAGAGCACAUUUUUUCACCAGAACAAAUUACUGCUAUGCUUUUUACAAAGUUGAAAGAUAUUUCUGAGACAGCUCUACAAACUGCUGUUAAUGAUUGUGUCAUAUCAGUUCCUUCAUAUUUUACUCAAGCUGAACGUCAAGCUCUACUUGAUGCUGCUAGGAUUGCAGGACUUAAUGUUCUAAGAUUAUUUAAUGAGACUACUGCUACUGCUCUUUGUUACGGUAUUUAUAAGCAGGAUUUGCCAGCAACAGAUGGGCCUCCCAGAAAUGUCGUUUUUCUAGAUUGCGGCAAUGCUAGCUUGCAAGUGAGCGUUUGUGCCUUUCACAAAGGCAAACUUAAGAUGUUGGCAAGUGCUGCUGAUUCUCAAUGGGGUGGAAGAAAUAUCGAUGUAAUGCUGGCAGAACACUUUUGUAGGGAAUUUAAAACGCGAUACAACAUUGACGCGCAUACUAAUCCGCGAGCGUACUUAAGAUUAGUGGCGGAAGCCGAGAAACUGAAGAAACAAAUGUCGGCUAAUUCGACUAAUCUUCCCCUGAAUAUCGAAUGCUUUAUGGAAGAGAAGGACGUACAUGCCCAAAUGAAUCGUAAUGAAAUGGAAGCGCUGUGCGCUCAUUUAUUUGAACGCGUUGAGAGAGCUUUGAGGCAAUGCCUAUCAGAUUCGAAAUUGAAGCUGGAAGAAAUUCAUUCGGUUGAGAUAGUGGGAGGAUCGAGUCGAAUUCCUGCUAUCAAACGUAUAGUAGAAGAAGUCUUUGGUCGACCGAUAUCGACAACUCUAAAUCAAGACGAAGCUGUCGCUCGUGGUUGCGCAUUGCAAUGCGCUAUGCUCAGUCCUGCCGUGCGCGUUCGUGAAUUUUCAGUUACAGAUAUACAACCGUAUCCUUUGAAACUAACAUGGGAUGCUACUCAAGGCGAAGAAGGCGAAAUGGAAGUGUUUGGGUAUAAUCAUCCUAUACCAUUCUCAAAGAUGUUGACGUUCUACCGUUCGAAUCCAUUUACGCUUUCUGCUAGUUACAGUAAACUACCUCCAUGUUAUCCUCAAACAUACAUUGGAACAUUCACAAUAAAAAAUGUAAAAGCCACGCCAGAAGGAGAAUCGGCGAAAGUUAAGGUGAAGGUAAGAGUGAAUUUAAACGGCAUUUUGACUAUCGCGUCGGCAUCACUUAUCGAAAAACGUGAACCGACUCAACAAGAGAAAGAAGAAGAAGAGGCACAACAGCAGCAACAACGGAAUAACAUGGAUGUUGAUUCACAUUCGGCGGAUAAAAAAGAUAAAUCUGAUCAAGAAGCGCAAGCCAAUGAACCUCCAGCUCCGGAGGUGAGCAUGGAUAAGACACGACGGAACUCAGAUGCUGAUGAUGGUGGAAAAAGUGCUAGGGGUUCUGCCCCUUCCUACUCCUCCAGGAUUCUCUGUUGGUUCAGCUCGGGAGAUGAUAAAGGCGAUGAUAAAGGCAAGAAAAAAGUUCCAAUUCGUACAAUUGACUUGCCUAUUGAAGCUAACGUUUGCGGAUUAUCUACACGAGAUCUCGAUGCUGCAAUAGAAAAAGAGGGCAAAAUGAUUGCUGAGGAUAAACAGGAAAAAGAACGAGUUGACGCGCGUAAUGCUUUAGAGGAAUACGUUUACGAUUUACGUGCUAAAUUGUCCGAAGAAAACCAAUUAGCUACAUUCGUCACGGAAGCAGAUAAAGAAACAUUGUAUCGUACAUUAGAUGAUACUGAAAAUUGGUUGUAUGAAGAAGGAGAAGACUGCCAACGACAGAUUUAUUCCGAGCGAUUAACGCGCUUAAAAUCUCAAGGGGAACCAAUAAAAGAAAGGAGAUUAGAAUUUGAAGGAAGAUCUCACGUGUUAGAAGAAUUAGCAGUAGGAUUACAACUAGCUAAAAAAGGCCUUGAUCAGAUAAAAGCAUCAAUUGGCAAAGAUGAUAAAUAUUCUCAUAUAACUGAGGAAGAAAUAAAAACACUUGAGAAAACUAUACAAGAGAAAUGGACGUGGUUGGAGGAAAAACGUAUGUUGCUUGCGAGUAUACUUCGUACGCAACAACCGCCAGUCACCGUGGCGCAAAUCCGUGCCGAGAAAUUAUCAUUGGACAGCGUGGUAUUACCUAUUCUCAACAAGCCUAAACCUAAGGUAGAACCGCCAAAAGAGGAAAAGCCGAAAGACAAAUCGGCUGAUGAACAAAAAAAUAAUCAAAAUCAAAAUGCCCAAGAUAACAAUCACAAUCAGCCCAAUCAACAACAAGGAGAAGAAGAAAAAAUGGAUGUUGAGUAACGGUCACCGCAACUUAUGUGUUUUUAAUAAUAUAUUAAAUCUAAUCUAUAAUUGAAAUAGAGCGAAUAUUUCAUAUUUGGAUAAAACAUGUUUAUCAUGUUUCAAAAGCGCCUGACAUACCAUAGUCGGAUUGCACACAUAAUUGUCUUUUUUCUCCCUCUUUUUUUUCUUCCUCCCUCUCUGUAACAUUUAUUAAUCAAAUGAACUGAGCUAUUUAAUGACACAUAUUACCGUAACGAGCAUAAGAAUAAGCGUAUUGAAAAAGAAAAGAAUUUGGAUUUAUGAAAGAAAAUGUGCAUUGCAACAAUAAAUGUUCUUUUAUUUGAAAAGAGUAUAAUUUGCUGUCCAAACAAAGAAGAAAAAACAUAAACGUCCUAAAAAAACAAAAUAAUAAAAUUUUCUUACAUUAAAAAAAAAUUCGUUUAACUUUUCAGUACGCUUCUAAAUGCAUAAAUAAAACUGCUUUUGAGUGUAUAUUUGAAAAGAAAACUUCUCGGAACUAUUGCCAGUAAAAUAAAUUAUAAAAAAUUAUAUGUUGCGCCAUUUUUAACAUAUAGGAUGCGUGCUAGUUAGAUCUAAUUGACCAAAUUAAAUUGUGAACUAGGUAAUGUUGCUGUCGAAUCUUUUGUAUUUAAUAAUAUACAAUUAUUCAUUCCAACAUUUUCUCAUACAACUGACAGCAGACUCUAUCAAGUUUUCUUGUUGCAUUUAUAAUACUUUCUUGAAAUAAUAUACACAUAUUUACUUGAAAUAAAUUAAUAUUUCACUAAUUGAAAUUGGAAAAGUCUGCUUUAAUUUGGAAUAAGCAUAACAAAGAUAUACAUGAAUUCACCGUAAUUUUUUUUCUUUCUCUAUUUUUUCUCGAAUCAUUGUUUUUAAUGCAAAAUUACUUCUAAGCAAAAACCGAUAAUUCGGUUAGAUAUAUCAUUGUACAUAACUUGUAGGCAUCUACACAAUAACAUAAUAUAUUUCUUUAUCAUUAUAUUUAUAUUGCAAUAUUAUAGCGACUUCUGAUUGUAAGCACAUUGUUCUCAAAAUAUUGUCUUUUAAUAUCAAAGCUUAAAUUAAACUUGGCCAGAGUCAGCCCUGUCAGUCGAAUGAUCAGGUAAGACUUUAAAUCGACUUGUUUAACAGCUAACAGGGAUAAUUGCUUAUUCAAUAGAAUGAAAAAUCGUGCUUACAAUUGGAAGCCAUUGUAUCUUACAGCAUAUAGAAAUUAUAGCGAAAAUUUAGUUGUUCCUACAAUACACAAAACAGACGGAAAUUCAUAUUUCACUCUCGCGCCUAACUUUGUUCCCAUACCGCUUUUAGCAAUUAAGAGUCGCAAAUUAUUACGCGUGUGUAAUAUAAUUAGUAUUAGCAAGAUGUAAAAAAUGUGAGUGUUAAAAAAUACGUUGUUUCUUCAAAUGAUAAAAUUUUCCACCACAUACAACAAACUUUUUCUUUUUUUUAUACAUU